CACAUCUAUUGCAAGCAAGCGCCAUGCAUUACGCACAACGGAUCACGGUUUCUUAACAUUUUCUGAUCAUUUUUCAAUUUGUAAAAUUUGAAAAUCGAACAAAAUGUGGAGCAGUGUUCCAAAGCAUCCCAAACGAAGUCGAUUCAGUGUUUCUGAAGAUUUAGAGGAGAUGGAUACGAGUGAAAGUGACGGCGAAAGUGAUCAACUUUCUGGUUUGGAGAGCGCUGAUUCAAUGUCUGAAGCAGCAUUUGAAGAUGGAUUGGAUCCUCUUCAGGAUUUUGAGGACACUGAAGAAAACCCUCCCCUCUCAACAAGUGAGAGUUUUGAUGUUUCUCAGCAGAAAAGGAGACGAUCCAUUCCCACCCCUCUCCCUUAUAUCACCUCAAGCAUGCCUGCAAGACCAGUUGAGAGCAGGCGGGCAAGCACCCCCACCCCCACAACCUCAGACCCUGAGGAGAGGUGGAAAUCUGUAACUGAGGACGACGUCGAACCCGUGCAGCACCGCUUCUGUCCUGCACGAGCACCUGGAGCACAACUGGAUACUUCAAAAAAGUAUUCCCCGCUAGACCACUUCCAGCUUUACUUCAGCAUGAACGUCGUUCAGUCUUUGUGUACAAACACAAAUAAAAAUGGAAAAAAGCAGCAGGCCCAGGGGAAAAAAUACCAGUGGGAUCCAGUUUCAAUCAAGGAGCUCUACCAGUUUUUAGGAAUCCUAAUUUUCAUGGGGCUACUGACAACUCACACCGUGAGGGAUUACUGGAGUCCACAUAGGCCUUAUGGAAUCCCAUUCUGUCACACUGUGAUGUCCAGGAAGAGAUAUGAAGCCAUCGCUUGGACUCUGCACAUAAGUGACCCAGAGGAAGAUAAAGAGAAUGAUCAGAAGAAAGGAACUCCACAACACGAUCGCCUCUUCCGUCUCAGACCCCUCUUGGAUUCCCUCCUCCUGUCCUGCAAGGCAUACUACCACCCCCGACAGAACCUUUCAAUUGAUGAACGCAUGGUGGCCUCAAAAGCCAGGAUCGGGUUCAAGCAGUACAUGAAAGCAAAGCCGAUAAAAUGGGGCUUCAAGCUGUUCGUGCUGGCUGAUGCCCACAACGGGUACACAUGUGAUUUCAACAUCUACACAGGAAAAUCCAAAUCAGAUUCUGGGAAAGGACUGAGUUAUGACUCCGUUAUGAACCUCAUAAAGGUGUCAUACUUAGGCACAGGGUACCAUGUGUAUGUUGACAAUUUCUACACCAGCACAACACUGUUUCGGGACCUUUACAAGCUCAAAUUUGGAGCAUGUGGGACCAUUAGAGAAACUCUUCAGGGCUUCCCACAGACAAAAGAAAACGCCCUCCCUAAAAAAGCUGAUAGGGGGACAAUUCGCUGGAUACGAAGUGACAAACUGCUGUACACCAAGUGGAUGGAUACACGUGAAGUGACGAUGUGCAGUUCCAUUCAUAAAGCGUACACAGGAGACAAAGUCCAGAGACGGGUAAGGAAUGAAGAUGGGACUUGGGGAAUGCGGAAUGUUCCUGUUCCUACUCCUGUAAAGGCCUACAAUCAGCACAUGGGAGGAGUGGAUUUGUCAGAUGCCCUUAUAAAAUACUACAACAUGGCACAGAAAACCCAAAAGUGGUACAAGAAAAUUUUUUAUCAUUUCAUUGACAUUGCUGUUGUCAACAGUUUUUUGCUUCAUAAGGAAUUGGCACAGGCUCAAACUACAAAGGCACUUUCACAGAAAACGUUUAGAGAGGAGCUAUGCAAGCAGCUGGUGGACAUCAGGCUUGUGGAGCAGGAGGCCAGUGUGAGUACAGGUAAACUCUGUGUCCCUGUAGCCAUUACAGAGGGCAAGGAACUCGACUCCUCCAUGAAGACCUCCUUCGGGCGUAGACACUGUGCUUUGUGCAAUGAAGGGAAACUCAGGAACAAAACGCCAUGGAAAUGCGAAGCCUGUGAUGUGCCAUUAUGUGUCAUUGUGGACAGAAACUGCUUCAAGAAAUGGCACAUGCGUUAGGAAAAAAAAACUUUAUAGCAACUUAGGGAUGUAAGUAGUUCAUUUGUUCAUUUUGUACAGUUCGUGGUGUUAUUAGGUUUUUGUU